AUGGAGAAGAGUCUUAGCCGACGAGUGAUUCUGUUUCCAGUUCCACUACAAGGCUGCAUGAACCCCAUGAUUCAGCUCGGUAAGAUGCUUCACUCAAGAGGUUUCUCCAUCACAGUGAUCCACACGCGCUUCAACGCGCCAAGAGCUUCAAGCCACCCUCUCUUCACCUUCUUACAGAUCCCUGAUGGCUUGUCCGAAACGGAGAAAAGACUUCACGAUGUCAAUCUGAUGCUCACUCUUCUCAACAAAAGAUGUGAGUCUCCGUUUCGCGACACUUUGACUAAACUCUUGCAGUCUGAAACAGAGGAAGCGAAACAGAGGAUUAGCUGUCUCAUCGAUGAUUCUCAAUGGGUCUUCACACAACCCCUAGCCAAGAGUUUGAAUCUUCCGAGAUUAGUCCUUAACGCCACCAAAGUCUCCUUCUUUCGGGGCCAUUUUGUUCUUCCUCAGCUCCGUCGGGAAAGAUUUCUUCCGUUACAAGAUUCAGAACAAGACGAUCCAGUUCCGGAGUUUCCACCGCAACGAAAGAAAGAUAUCUUCCGGCUUCUUGAUGAAGAAACUGAGAUACUAGAUGCGUACUUGAAUCAGAUUUACGAAGCGACAAAGGCGUCUUCAGGUCUAAUAUUCGUGUCGUCUUGUGAAGAGUUGGACCAAGAGUCACUGAUUCAAGCACGUCAAGAUUUUCAAAUCCCGAUCUUUGCGAUAGGACCUUCUCAUACCCACUUUCCAGCCUCGUCUAGUAGCUUACUUACACCAGACGAGACUUGCAUGCCAUGGUUAGACAAACAAGAAGACAAAUCCGUGAUUUACGUGAGCUUAGGGAGCCUCGUGACCAUCAGUGAAGCAGAGAUGUUGGAGAUUGCUUGGGGCCUAAGAAACAGUGACCAACCCUUCUUGUGGGUCGUGCGGGCUGGUUCGGUCAACGGGACAAAAUGGAUCGAGUCAAUCCCGGAAGAAGUCAUGGAAAGGCUUAAGGAGAAGGGAAAGAUUGUGAAAUGGGCUCCGCAACCAGACGUUCUUAAGCAUCGAGCCAUCGGAGGAUACUUGACACACAAUGGUUGGAACUCCACGGUUGAGAGUGUUUGUGAAGGCGUCCCUAUGAUCUGUUUGCCAUUUUUCUGGGACCAAAUGCUAAAUGCAAGAUUCGUCAGUGAGAUAUGGAUGGUCGGGCUGCAUCUAGAGAAUCGGAUUGAGAGAAAUGAGAUCGAGAAAGCGAUUAGGAGAUUGUUUUCGGAAACUGAAGGAGGAGAGAUCCGAGAGAGGAUGAAACUUCUUAAGGAGAAAGUAGGAAGAUCGGUUCAAGAAAACGGUUCGGCAUAUCGUUCUUUAGAAAAUUUGGUUGAUUAUAUAACAUCUUUCUAG